CAUAUUGUUACGACUACGCUUUUCCUCUUGGGCAACGCCGGCUGGCUCAUCGGAAUUCUCCUUGGGUGUGUGGUUCCAACCCUAUGCCCGCGUGAGUCGUACAAUAACCGAUAACACGGUUCCUCCAUCGAUAAACAAAAUGCCAUCACUACAAUAAAUUCGACGCGCAAUAUACAAAACCGAAUUCAAAACGUAAACAAACCAAAAAAACUAACAUAAACUAAAAGAAACGUACUGCGACAAGAAAACAAAUAAACGGAUAACUCCCUCAAGCCAUCCGUACGAAUACGGGUGACUGUAAAAGGAGAUAAUAUACGUGCGGACGGACAGGGAUUGGAGGCAUCGGACAACUGUAUGGGAUUUAGCUGUUGUUAUCCCAGGCGUACCCUCCCUGCCUGUAUCCAAAGCCAAAAUGUUUCUUGGAUACCCUAUUUUUGGACCGUGCUUGGGCUAUUCCAUGGCACAGAAACUUCAAUGGGGCGGCGUGUGGGACCCUGCAGGCGCAGCCCAUACAAACGACACGACGUAAGGCGCGCGGGAUCUCUGCCUGAUGUCGCUGCUCAACCGCGAACAAUAGGCACGGCGCGUGGCCAAGGAACGGACUCACCGGCUUGUCUAUCCUCCGCUGCUGAUGGCGCAGACGGACGUGUCUGCUGUUGCGUUGUGGUGGCGCCGCUAUUGCUGCUGCCACUUCUUGGGUGGGCGCCUUUGCUCCGGCUGCCACUGUCGUUGCUGCUGCUGCCGUUGAAAACGCUGGUGCUGGAUCUGCUGCUGUCGUUGAAGACGCUGGUGCUGGAUCUGCUGCUGUCGCUGUUGCUCCUGCUACGAUGCAGCUCGUGCUGCUACUUAUGACGGCCGCUGCAGCUGCUGUGUAUGGUUCCACCGCUGUCCGAAAACUUGGCGAUAUGCCGGAAAAUCUAUAUGCCAAGGAACAAAAGGCAUUUAAGCACUGGUCGGCACAUUUAAGUGGAUAUACAGGUUUCAGCACGGCCUCCAGUUCACCAAACGAAAACACUGCCUCGUGGGUCUGCACCGUCGCCCCAAAAACAGGAAUGGCGUGUUGCGGCUUGCCUUUUAUAGGCCGGAUGUCGUAUGCCUGCGGAUUUUUACGUCCUUGCGCAUCCGUUCAUCACGGCCUUGACGUUUCCCCACUUUGAGGUGCCAUCGGGACACAACCCUGCGCCUGCGUGGCUGCAGUUGCCACCAUGGUGCCUCGCUCGGUACCGCUAGAUGGCGCUGCAGUACCUUUGUAAAUUCUUGGCGCCUUCCGUAGCGCUGCCACCUUUUAUUCUUCGUGACCAGCCCGAUGCAACAGCCUUAAGGCAAAUAAUUGCUGGAAUGACAAGGUUCCUUGUACAGACAACAAUAACUUUUAGUAAGCAUCGCAAUAUGCACAUUUAUUAAAGAUUAAAUUUUUUACA